AUGUCCGAGCAAUUCAGCGAAUCGGACCUCAAGUCUCUCACGGUGGUCAAACUCAAGGAGUUGUUGGCCGAGCGCUCUCUCCCCGUCACAGGUCGCAAAGACGAUCUCAUCGCCCGCCUCCUCUCUUCUUCCACCACGUCCACCACCGGCGCAGAGGCAAGCACCACCCUCCCCCCUCCCACGACCGACACCACCGGCCCCGCAUCGAGUACGGACGGACCGGAUGGCGCUGGGUUGAGCGGGACGGCGGAGGUCUCGGCUGCUGCGAAUACCGAGACGGAUCUGAGGAGCGCAGAGGAGAAGGAUGAGGGACUCAAGAGCGCCCCUCCUCCCCCCGAGGUAUCGGAGGACGAGAGGAAGGCUCUCUUGGCGGCCCAAGCGAAGGACGAGGAAGAGCGCCGUCGGAAGCGGGCGGAGCGGUUUGGGCUCAGUGCGAUUCAGGGAGAGAAGGGCGACGAUAGCGACGAGGCCAAGAGGAAGAGGGCCGAGAGGUUUGGGUUGCAGAAUGCGGAGGGAGAGGAGGAGGGUGGUGCGCAGGUCGACAAGAAGAUGGGGAAGUCCCUCGAAGCCCUCUCCUCUGCACUGGGCUCCUCCCGCACACGCAAACCCAAAGCCGACGCGACUUCCAAAUCCGCCCCCUCGACCGAAAAGUCCGUCCCACAACUCGCUGGAUCGAAGAAGGGUAAGGACGAGGCAAAGGCUGAGCCGGCUGCGAAGGUGCAGGCGGAUCCCGAGUUGCAGAAGCGGAUCGAGGAGGAGGAGGCCAAGAAGCGCAAGAGGGCCGAGCGGUUCGGGAAUGCCUCCGCCGCUGCGCAGCCCGAGAAGAAGCAAAAGACCGACGAUGGCGCUGUCGCCGCCUGA